CGAGAUCUGCUGUGUUAUCGCGAGAUUUUGCUUACUUGUGCCGGAAGUACGACGUCUUACCACUGUUGUUCUUUUAGGGUGAGUGGUUGUGUUUGGCCAGUUGUAGACGAAGGAGUUGAAUGUUUACAGCCUUUAUCCCUCUGGUGCGUUCAUAUAAAGAUGUCGGAGGACUUGGUGAAACAGCUCGGCAGCUACAAAGCUCAGCUCCAGCAAGUUGAAGUCGCCUUGUCCACUGAUCCAGAUAAUGACGACCUCCGCAAACUACAGAAAGACUUGCAGGAAGUCAUUGACUUGACAAAAGACCUCCUGGCCUCACAGCCCGCUGAAGCCACUCCCAGCACAAACGGCGCUCCGCCGGCACCCGCCAAGCACAUCUGGAAAGUGGGGGACAAGUGUUUGGCCGUGUGGAGUCAGGACGGACAGGUGUACGACGCCGAGAUUGAGGAGGUGGACCACGAAAACAGCACGGCGGCCGUCACCUUCACCAGCUACGGCAACGCCGAAGUGAUCCCUCUGCAGAACCUCAAGUCGCGAGAGGACGGGGGGCACCUGGAUGACGACCUGCUUGGUUUAAAGUCCAAGUCCAGGAAGGAGCAGAUAGCCGAGCAGCGAGAAUACAAGAAGAAGAAAGCCCAGAAGAAGGUACAGAGGAUGAAGGAACUGGAGCAGGAGCGAGAGGACCAAAAGUCCAAGUGGCAACAGUUCAACAACAAAGCCUACUCAAAGAACAAGAAAGGACAGCAAUGGCUGCGUCGUCCUGCAGCAGCAGCAGAGGGUGGCUGUGCUUCAGGAAGAAGUUGUGUUGUCUGGAAACAGACGCUUCACAUUUGCUGACUGCGGAAAUGUCUGCAAGUCCUCCAGGAACCGUCACUACUAACUACAGAGGCCGGUACACAUCGCUAAGGGAUACGCCCCGUGAAAGGUGAAUUUACAAGCUGUCAAGCUGUUACAGAUAACAUUUUGUGUUGAUGAUUACAAUGUGACAUAAACUCGUUGACAGUAUAUUUCCAUUUAAACUAAAACAUGCAGUAAAAGUAAACUAAAGGGCCCGUUUAAGCUUGUAUUACUCACCUAUUUUUCUCCAGUUCAUUGUGGGCUGACCUACAGGGAUUGCAAAUGUAUAAAUUACAUUUUUAAUAUGACGAUAAAACCUUUAACAGUCUAUGAAUGCAAAGUCAUUACCAUGACUGUGCUUUAAAACGACAAUGCUGGUUAAUAAUUGCACUGUUUAACUCACCUAUUGUGAAUAUUGUCCAGUUUCCUGUUCUUGAAUUUACGCUGUUUCUGUGGGUGCGCCAUCUGGCUGGAAGGGUAGGCUGAAGCAUAACCAUGCUCGCACUCUGUGA